GGCACCAGUAUCGCGGAGUGCGUUUAGAGUACGCGCGUGUACCACUCGCUCGGACAUCGUAAACACGACGCUGGUACCACUACGUUAUACUGACACGUUACUAUAGAAACCGGUUGGUUUUAUGAUCGGAUACACUGGGAUUGUGUGAUACCAAUAUGUUCCGUGGCCCCAUCUGUGUCUGAUUUUCUGUGCUCAUUAAAAGUGCCAGUGGAAAACUAUAAUGUGCUUAUGAUACAGUGAUAUUGGAUUAUAUUGCAGGAUCGUUACUAAAUUAAGGAACAGUGAAAGAUGGCGGGUUUAGAAGUGUAUAGGUACUAAAACAAUAUGGCCGUCGCCAGGGCGGUCCUCAUACUGCUAGCAUCCACCGCCCAAGCGUGGAUGCCCGACGCAAACGCUCGAAUCCAUAUCAAAUAUGGCGAUGAAACUACGGAGCAGUUUGUGGGCAAUACGACAGGACCAAACCACUUCCGUAUUUUAGACAAAGACGACUUCUCUAUUUUAGUAGGGGGCAGGAGUACGGUCUAUAAUCUCAGCCUCUACGAUUUAUCGGAAAAUGUAGAACAGCGAAUAGAAUGGCAAUCUACUGUCGCACAUCGAGAGCUAUGUCUAAUAAAGGGAAAAUCGGCGGACGAUUGCCAGAACUAUCUGCGAGUGGCGACUAGGGCUCACGGGCGAUUGCUGGUCUGUGGAACCAACGCUUUCAAACCCAUGUGCCGGAGGUACGCCAGGCAUCCCCCCAACCACUCGCUCGAAGAGUUCGAUGGAACCGGCAGAUGUCCAUACAACCCGCAACACAAUUCAACUGCCAUAUUCACAGAUGGUCAUCUAUAUACUGCGACGGCUGCAGAUUUUUCGGGCUCCGAACCCUUAAUAUACCGAGAACCAGUAAGGACCGAACACUCAGAUUUACGAUUAUUAAACGAUCCCUCAUUUGUCGGAGCAGUGGCUUCAACGAGCCACGUUUACUUCUUUUAUCGUGAGACUGCUGUCGAGUACAUGAACUGCGGAAAGUCGGUAUAUUCGAGGGUCGCAAGAGUAUGUCUAAAUGAUAAAGGUGGUCCACACCCUUUUAACGAUAGAUGGACAUCAUUUCUCAAAGCCCGACUAAACUGCUCAAUACCUGGGGAAUAUCCGUUCUACUUCGAUGAAAUACAAGCUACUACUGAAAUUAUUAAUGGUGUUUAUGGCAACGGCGGUAACAGGAAUGAUAUAGUUUAUGCUGUGUUUACAACACCACAAAACGCAAUCGGUGGUUCGGCAGUAUGUGCAUUUGCGAUGAGAGAUAUUUUAGACGCUUUCGAAGGACCAUUUAAAGGACAGAAAAAUAUGAACUCGAACUGGCUACAAUUGCCAAAAGAAAAAGUUCCCCAACCACCGCAACCAGGGUCGUGCGUAGAAGAUAGUAGAACACUUUCGGAUUCAGCCAUCAAUUUUAUUAAAACACAUCCACUGAUGGAUAAAGCUGUUCCGUCAUUUUUAGCACGACCGAUUCUUAUAAGAGUCAGUUUACAGUAUAGGUUUUCAGCGAUCGCUAUCCACCCUCAAGUGCAGUCAAUGAAUGGCAACAAAUACGACGUUAUGUACGUCGGUACAGAUGACGGCAGGGAUAAAGCUGUGAAUGUAGCUUCUAACGAGGGCGUAUUCGAUGCUAGUAUGGAUGAAUAUGGUAAAAAUCCAGUAAGAACAGCAGUAAUAUCCGAGGUCCAAGUACUGCCACCCGGCGUACCAAUCAAACAAAUGCAUGUAGCUCUCACUACCGAGAAGUUAAUCGUAUCUUCCGGCGACAUGAUAAAAGCCAUAACGUUAUCUCACUGUGCUAACGUGCAAUCGUGCAGAGAAUGCGUGGGACUGCAAGAUCCUCAUUGUGCUUGGGAUUCCAAACAGCAGCAAUGCUCUUGGGUUGGAAACAGACAAUUUCCAAAUCCGGAAAGAUUUUUACAAAACAUAGAAACCGGCAAGACUGAUAUUUGCAAUAAAUUACCUAGUUUAUUACCGAGUGACCGUCACGCAAACCGAAAUCCUGUAACGAAAAAGCCUCAGUCCGACCCGAAUCCUCAUCAACCAAAUAACGAUAUACAAAAUGAAAUUCUUAUUGAAGUAGUCGAAACUAACGUCCUGUCUGAAGACAAAGACACUAGCAAUAAUAAGCACGAAACAGAUUUACUAACAGUCGAAGCAGCGGGCAACAUCUACAGUGCUCAGGCGUUGCUUACCGCGGUAGUCGCCUCCUGUCUCGUCACUCUCAUGGUCGGCUUCGUCAUCGGAUACCUCUUCUCCAGAAGAUUCAGACACCCUUUCUUCACUGACACCUCUCCCUUUAAUGAGCAGCAUAAUCAAUUGAAUCGACUGAGCCCAUUAGAAACGCCUUUAAAUGUGAACUCGGGCUACAUGCCGCCGAGGUCAAAAAACGUGAACAUUGUAGCUAAUGUUUGCCCUCUAGCAAAGCAGGACAAUCUGCAUCUCGAGCUGGGUAAAGAACGGACUCUCGACCUUCGCAACUCCACCGAGUCCCUCGACAAGGACCUCAAGUGUGGUACCCUACAAAAAGUCAAAAAGACUUAUAUAUGAAAACUACCGCAAACUGUGUACGGAACCAUUUCAAAGUGACAGUGACAUUGUGUGUGCCAAGACUGAGUGUCGGUGAAAUGUGAACUUUGUAAAUAUUGAUUAUAAAGUGACUUAUAAAACUCUUUACUUACUCAAACAAUCAUUGCAUUUCAGCGAUCGUCGCCAGGGACUCUAACAUUUUGUUAUGGAAUUGCGACCUUAUAACUUUUAUAUACCACCUACGUUUUGAAAAGUCCUAUAGAAUUACAUUAUGCGAUUGUGGAGAUUACUGUGAUUGUAAUAUAUUUAAUAUUCAAUGUCAGUUUUGAUGAAAACUAAUAACAUAUCGAUAAACUAAUGAGAAAAUGAACCAAUACUACUUACUUAUCGAAGAUCACUUUCUAGUAUACAUUAAAUAUUAAAUAUAUUCACUUUAUACAUUCCGUGUAUUAGUUAUGUAGAAUAAUUGGCAGAGCAGCUCUUUGUAAAUAUAAAUUUGUAUAUAACGCUAACAAUAGCUAAGGACCACGAUGGUCGAUAGACAAAUGGCAUAAAAAAUUUAAAUAAUUAUCUAAUUUAUAACUGUAAGAUCAUAACCGAGCAUAUUAUUGUUACAAAGCGUUUCAUGAAGCGCUAAUUUUCAAAAGAAAAGGCAUAUUAUUAUAAUAAAUUUGUUGAAUAUAAUGUUACGGAUAUAGAUUAAAAUUGCUGUGCUAACUGCAUAGUGCCUUGUAGGUUGCCAAUAUAGUGCCUAAUGUAAUCUAGGAUACACCAGGAAGAAAUUGUAUAUUAAAUGUUUGUUCUCCUGUUAAUGUCUGUUUAAAGCUUAUAAGCUUUAAUCAUGAACUGUAUUUAUAGAUUAUAUUUUCAAAAAAAAAAAAUGUUUUAAAUGGCUUAAGCUGCUCAUGUACUACACUUAUUACGUGAGAACCCCAAGUUAUGUUCCUUCCUCAUAUAUGCUACGAGUGCUAUCUUUUAUGUUUUAUAUUUAAAUUAAUAUUUAAAACUAAAUGUUGUGCUGAAAUUACCACCUGAAAUCAAAAAAUUAACAAGUAAACCCACCGUGAAACAAUCAAAGUUGUUAUGUAAGGCGGAAAUGAUUUCCCCGUCUUGAUGCUACGUAAACAUUAGAAGAGGUUUUAUAUUAGUUAUAGUGGAGGCGAAACAAACUCUUUAAAGUUUAGAAAAUUAUUAUUUUAAAGAAGUUUUUAUAUUUUUUAGAUAAUUAAAUCAAUAUAACAUUUCAUUAUUGCAAAUAUGUGAGUAAAUGGAUACAUAUUGUACAUACAUUCAGGUGAAAUUGAUUGUAAUGUGUUGUAUACAUCAAAAUACGUAUUAUUUAUACUUAUUCUUUGUAAUAAAUAAAUAAAUUGAAA